CAGCAGCCAUUCUGUGUCCUCAGCUCCACGACCCGAUGGCAGCGGCAUGGAGGCUCCGGGCUGCCCUCGGCCUCCAGGGUCCAGCAGGGCCAGCUGCUCUUGAGCCACGUGGACCUCUCCUCCGAAGGCACCUACAGCUGCCAGAAUGGCGCUGGGCUUCCCCUGGGCUCCAUGGUGCUCCGGGUUGGCCGACUCCCCGGGCCGCCCUCCGUCUCCUGCCGGGCUUCCAACUACGAGAACUUCUCCUGCUUCUGGACUCCCAGCGUUGAGACACACCUGCCCACCAGAUACAUCACCAGCUACCUGUCCCCGGUGAAGAGUGUGGGCCCGUGUGUGCAGGAUCCUGGCCGGCCCCUCGCCUGCACUGUCAGCAAGUCCCAGUUCUGGAGCUUGUACCGUGUGAACGUGACGGAGGUGAACCCGCUGGGCUCCAGCUUCACCCUGCUGAACAUCAUUGCCCAAAGAAUCGCCAAGCCAGAUCCACCAGAGCAUGUCCGAGUGGAGCCGGUGGCCCAAGCGCCCCGGCGGCUGCGCGUCAGCUGGGAGUACCCCUCCUCUUGGCGCAAGGAGCUCUCCUUCCAGCUCCACUUCCGGCUGCGCUACCGGCCCGUCCUGCACGACGCCUGGUCAUUGAUAGAGACCAGCAACAUGUCAGAGGAGAUCACGGACGCCAUCAUGGGCCUGGAGCACACGGUGCAGGUGAGCGCCAAAGACUACCUGGAUGCUGGCAGCUGGAGCGAGUGGAGCCCGGAAGUGCGAGCCUGGCCGGCUGCAGGACAGGUCACUGAGCCCAGCCAAGCUGCUCCGGACACCAUUGAACUGGACCCGCCAGCCGAAGAGCCCUCUCUGGUCCCCGACAAUGAGCCAGUCGCAGGGCAGGGGGACUCCGUGGAGAAGGUGGCAACGCUGGUGUCGCUUGGGGUCUUCGCCUUCUUUGCCCUGGUGGCCCUGCUCCUCUUUGCCUUCCUAGUGUGGUAGGUGGGGGACCUGGAGAUGGGAGGGUCUGGGGCUUGGCAAGAAGGAGCCUUGGUCUGGUGGGACAAGCCUGCUAGG